AUGGAAGGUGAAUGGACGGAGGCAGAACGAAGACGAUGGAAGCGAUUAUUGAGGAUCGACGAUCAUCCCAGAUGGAAACAUGAAGUCGAUGUGUAUAUGGCGACGAAGAAGAAUGUGAACAUAAAGUACUUUGCGUUUGUAAGAUUAAAAAAGGUAGAUGAAGAAUAUGGGCUGGAGAAGGCCCUUCAAGGAAUCAAAUGUGAUGGGAGAUUUCUAGAGGUAAACCUUUCGAUGUAUGAGAGAAAACCUAUUGGUGGUCCAGCCAAUCAGGAGAAUGUUGUGUGUCGGAUCCAAAGUCGAUUUCCACAGGUAUCAAUAUCUCACAUUAGAGAUAACAAAUCUUACGCUGGUGUCACAGCAGGUAUUCUUCAUAAUUUUGACCAUCUUGAAAAAGUACCAUACUCAUUUAAAAACUGUGAUGGAUCGGGAUGUGAGAUAAAAUACAUGGGUGGGUUAAGAAUUGGAGUCAAGUUUAAAGAUCUGGUAAGUAGGAAUGCUUUCAUGAUGGGGUGGAUGGAAUGGUUUAAAAAUAUAGAUAGUGGUGACAUUGCGACAAUUAACUUUGAAAGAUUUACCUGGAUAAAAAUCAUGGGUCUCCCGCCAGAACUUUGGUAUGAGGAAAAUUUUACGUCAAUCACCAAGUCGUAUGGUCAGGUGGUCGUCCCAUUUGCGGUGGAUCAAGCGGUUGUGAACCUUUUCUUUGGUAAAAUCGGCAUUCUUACAUUUACCAUUUCGCGUAUUAGUUGUAAGUAUUUGGUUGAAGCAAGCGUUAAAAUCAACAAAAUUGGAAUAUUAGAGGUAGACAUCGAUUGGGCUCUAUUCAAGGCUAGAAGAUAUUCCCAGGACGAGAUUUCAUCGUCCGAAGAGACAUGUAUGUAG